AUGGAGAAUAGCAUGUCACAAAUGCAAGGCUGGCAUGAACGGUGUCUGGGCCUGUUAUGCGACGUGAGGGUACGGUUGACGGUGAAGAAUACCAUCGAUGCCGCCAUUGCGAAGUUUGGAAGGAUAGAUAUCAUAGUAAAUUGUACAGGCUACGGUGUGAUAGGUUCUUGCGAAGACCAAGAUGCUUGCGACCUGCGAUCGCAAUACGAGACCAACUUCCUGGGCACCCUGAACAUCAUCCAGCUCUCCUUACCCUACUUGCGAGAAGCCAGUGCCAGACGAGCAGAAGGCGAGAACGCGGGCCGGUACCUCAUCUUCUCCUCAACAUCAGGCGCACUGGGUGUACCAGGACUAGGACCUUAUUGUGCAACCAAAUACGCUACAGAAGGUCUAAUAGAAAGUAUGCUAUACGAGAUCGACACCUUCGGAAUCAAAGCAACGCUCGUGGAGCCGGGCCACAUGCGUCUCGACGAGCCAACAGGUCUGGACGAUAAAGCCACAGACGACCACAUAGCCGACGACUUUGACCGAGGCGUAAAGCUGAAACGCUACGGUCACUUCCUCGUGAAGAAGCCCUCGAAGCCAUACGAUACGCCGACCGCUCCAGCCGGACACGCAGGCCGCGUAGUACAAUGGCUUUCCGACCGACAGCCUGUUUCAGCCGUCAAGUCAGCAGAGCUAGUAUGGCAGCUGGGCCAUUGCAAAUAUCCGCCGCUGCGGUUGCUGUUGGGUAGCUUUGCGGUAGAAAGUGUUCGGGAUCGACUACGCAGCGUGAUAGAGGAAAUUGAGGACUGGAAACAUCUGCACUUUCCUUCUGCUGAUGAGCCAACGAAUGGCAAGGGAAAGCGAGGUGAUGACGAUGAUGUGAAAGGCGAUAUGGAUGGAGAGGGCGAGGGAGAAGAUGGCGAUGUUGAUGCCGAUGGAGAGGAAGUCGGGGACGAGGAUCAAGCUAUGCUGGACGCGGAUGGUGAGAUCAAGGAGGAGGAAGAUGUAUGA